AGGCUUGUAGCAGCUCUUCUAGACAAAUGGUCUCUAAGGCGGAAAGGAACUUCACCUCUAAAGAUUUGGGAGCUGGAGCUGACAUGGCGUAAUUGAUUGCUGCUAGACAUGGAUAACCAGUCUGUCUGCCGAAGGAUGGGGAGUAAGACAGGGGAGAUUGCAUAUGAGCACUUUACCAUUUUUUAUUUUGUUAAGGCGUUAUGUCAGAUGCUUCAUGUAUAUUGCCUCGACUCCUCAUAAGAACCAAGAGUUUAGUAUUAUUAGCUACAUUAUACAGUUGAGGAGAUUGAGGCUCAGAGAUGUUAAAUAACCUGUUCAAGACAGUAGCUGAGUAAUGGGGCCAGAAUUAAAAUCCCUGCCUCCAGAGCUGACAUUCUUGCUAGACUACCACACUUUGGGUGACAUUUAAAUAAGUGGGAUUCUCUUAUAGGCCCCACCAUGUGGACACCUCCAGGACAGAACCAAAGCUGGGUUUCUGAAUUUAUCCUGCUUGGCUUCUCUGGUGAUCCCACGUUCAACAGGAUCCUCUUCAUUUCCUUCCUUCUCCUUUACCUGAGCUCAGUCCUGGGCAAUGGACUCAUCGUCGCCCUGAUCUGCCUGGACAUACAGCUUCACACACCCAUGUACUUCUUCCUCUGCAUCCUCUCCCUGCUAGAUAUGGGCUGUGUCACCACUACCAUGCCCCAGAUGUUGGUGCAUCUCCUCGCUCGCUCUCAGACCAUCUCCUUUGCCAGCUGUUGGCUGCAGAUGUAUGUGUUUGGUGCCUUGGGCCUAACUGAGUGUAUUUUCUUCAUAGUCAUGGCUUAUGACCGAUAUGUGGCCAUCUGCCACCCACUGCAUUAUACUGUCAUCCUCAGCUGGGGCCUGUGCAUACGACUGGCAGCUGGGACCUGGGCCUGUAGUUUCUUCUUCUCUCUGAUCCAUACUUUCCUCACCAUGAGGCUGCCAUACUGUGGGCCCAACGUGGUCAACCACUACUUCUGUGAAGGCCCCUCAGUACGAAGCCUGGCUUGCAUGGAUACUCACCUUAUUGAGAUGGUAGACCUGGUCAUCAGUGUCUUCAUGGUUGUUGCCCCACUCUCCCUCAUUCUGGCCUCCUACAUCCGUAUUGGCCAGACCAUUAUCAAGAUCAAGUCUACACAGGGCCGCUGCAAGGCUUUCUCCACCUGUGCUUCCCAUGUGACUGUGGUCACACUCUUCUAUGCCCCAGCCACAUACAUCUAUAUGAGGCCCAACUCCAGCUAUUCCCCUGAGCAAGACAAGCAGAUCUCACUCUUUUAUAAUGUCUUCCCUGCCUUUCUCAACCCUGUGGUCUACAGUCUGAGGAACAAAGACAUCAAGGGGGCUUUUCUCAAAGUGAUGGGGUGGGGUAGGGUGCCCUGGUGA